CUUUACUUUCCGGGUUCUGCUGUGCGAUCACAGUAUACCGGGCUUUAUCAUUCAGAAAAAGCCUCUCGAAUUGUGAUCGUCCGAUAAACAAGCCUCGCACGAUCGCAAUCCCUACGAGCUGUGCGGCCUUGUCUAACAGAUCGAGUCGGUCGUGACUGAACAACGACCCUACGCUACUCCUUCAGUCGAAUUCCCUCUACAUCACACAGGCUUCGCAAUGGCCUUCAGCAACGUGCUCCGGGCCUUCCAGCCCCUGCGAACUUCUGUCCUCCGCACCCCCGCCUCCGCCACCCAAUACCUCUCCAGACCUACGUUCUUCCAACGAUCAAUCGCCACGACGUCCCCCAAGUUCCUCGAGCAACAAACAGAGCAGCAGCCGCAGGAGCAACCACCCGUGGAGACCGCCACUCCGACCGCCGAUGCCCCUUCCUCCAGUACUGUCCAGACCGAGGCCCCUCCCUCGCUCCGCCAAUACGCCUACAAGCUCAAAAAGGCCACCGUCAUAUCCGCCGGCCGCAUGGUGCGCACAGUCCGCGUCAUGCAUUGGAACGUCGAGUGGGACGCCCACCUCCGCAAGUACUACCGCAAGAAGGAGAUUAUCCUGGUCGCGGACCCCCGCGAGUCGCUGCGUGUCGGCGACGUGAUCGAGUUCUCGUCCGGGUACCCCAAGAGCCGCAACGUGCACCAUGUGGUGGAGCGGAUCAUCGCCCCCUUCGGAGAGCCCAUCGAGGACCGGCCGGCCGUGAUGACGCGCGAGGAGCGCGACGCCGCGCGCGUGGAGAAGCGGACGGCCAAGUGGCAGCGCAGGGAGGCCCGCAUCCGCGAGGCGGGCGGCAACGUGAAGGGCGGCCCCCCUUCGCCGGAGCACAUCGGGCGUAUUCGGAGGUUGAUCCAGGAGCGACAGGACUCAUUCGUGCCACAGAUAGGGUUCAAGAGAGCACAGACUGCGGCGGCUAAAGCCGAGGAGGCUGCUAAGGCGGAGGCGGAGGCGGAGGCGGCUGCUAAGGAGGCUGCUAAGAAGGCUGCUAAGGAUACGCCUGCUGCUGAGACUACACAGAACUAAGUGGGGGAAUUGAUGGUUCUCUGCUUCAUUCUUAUUGGAGAGGAAGAAAGGGGAGUGGGAGUGGGCUCACCAGGAGUUCUUUUUCUCUAAUUUACGUCUUCUCAUUGACUGUGUAUGGUUGGUAUGUAAACCUUGUGUAUAUUAUAGCUAUUCAUGUGGCAUAUUGUGGAAUCUCAGUUCGAGCUUGUCCAG